UUUUGUAAUUUGAAUCUCAGCAUGUGUUAUAUUCUCACGUUGGUUGGUGCCACAACUUGGCGCCAGUUUCCCCCACUCCAUCAACACGACCGGUGCAGAAAGAGCGGCGGAACGGUGGAUGGUGGUGGAUGGGCCGGCGUGCGCGUCGCCAAGCGAAUGUAUGGGUUAUGUUGAACGGGAUUGAGGAGAAAUGAAUGAAUGAGUGUAUGUGCGUAUGAAAUGGAAUUUGUGAGGUUUAGUUAGUUUCAUUUUAUCAUUUUCAUACUGUGAGAUUGAUAUCAUUUAAAGUAGUUUUAUUAGUGAUAUAACAAUGUUUCUUGGAGAGUCGUGGCCAUUCAGCCUCGUGCCUGCAUUGCUUAUAGCAAUACCUAUUUCAGUUCUAAUUUUGGUGUACGCCUACGUAAAAGUAAGACCAAAGUUUCCUGUUAGAGUGAUUUGUUGGUUCUGCCACAAGAGAUCCGAUGUUCCCUAUGACAAUUGGAACUGUUGGGAUUGUCCUCACUGUGAACAAUACAAUGGUUUCUCAACAGAUGGAGGUUAUAACAAGGUGAUACCUGCCCAGCAUGAUGAAUUACUGAAUCACUCAGUGACUGCAAAAUCAUCCCCCAAUAAAAAGAGCACCCCGGUCUCCAGCAAAACUCCAUUCUGUCGUAAGUGUACCAUAAACCAAGAUUUAAAGAUUCAGCAGUUGGCUUCAUUCACACCAAGGGAUCCUGCAAGUUUUGAUGAAGAAGUGGAGGAAUACAGGCAACAUCUGGAACGAGCAUAUCAGUUAUGUGAAUCCUGUGAAUUGGUUGUUAAGAAAACGCUUCGUCAGCAACAAGGAUGGCUGUUGGAUCAGCAUCGACAGCAUCAGCUCUCACUUCGUUCUCAACCAAGCCAACGUGUGAUAGCCUGGUGGCAACGGGGACUGCCUGUGAGUUGGCUGCAGAGGGGGCAGAUAGCUUCUUCGUUUGCAGCUCUGAGCCUUCUUGUGUCUCACAACCAAGAAUUACUUGCCAAGAGCUUUAAUCAAUACAUGUCUCCGGAUUUAGCUUAUGCAUUAGAAAUAGCUCCUAAAUAUGACCACAUCAUGGCUAGUGUAUUUACUAUUGCUGUAAUUAUUGUUACUGGUUGUUCUGCGUAUCGAAGACGAAUAGACAUUAUCACAGCAGUUUUGUGGUUUGUUCUUCUAGUACAUAAAUGGCUUCUGUUUUGGCCAUAUUUAAGGACAUGUGUUAGUGAAGAGGAUUUGAGAGUGGGCCAUGUGAUAGUAAUUGGAUUCACAGUUCUAGUGACCACAGUUGCUGCAGUUACUUCUCGACAAGUCUGUCCUUCAAAACAACUACAGAUGAAAAAACUAAAGCAAGAUUCGGAUAGUGUUUGCAGGGGACGAGACAUUUCAGAGCACUUUAAAAGUUCUGUUGCAGUGGAACCUUCUUCAAGCAAAUCUUCAUCAUGUCCUCCUUCAGAUUCUUCCCUUUCACAUACACCUGUGUCCCCAGCUGCUGGUCACAUAGAUUCAGAGCAGUAUUCAUCCAUACAGCAAUCUCCUUCUGAGAGACCAACAUCUAUGAGCAGCACAUUCUCACCUUCUGAGGAAUUAGAAUGGGUAUUGGGAAAACUAAGUAUAGGUCCACGUAAUAUUAGAAACAAGAAUGGUUCAGUCUUCAAAACGAAGUCCUAUAGCACAGCCAGUGGAGAGCGUAUUUUUGAACAUGAACACCAACCAGCUGUGAAUAAUGGUGGAGAGAGUAACUUAUUAAGACCUUCAAAACUCAAUUUCCGUAGAAAUGUUACCCAGACCUCUUGGGUUGCUGGGGGAUAUUGGCGAGAAUUGGGAGGCACUCUAUCCAAAGCAGUGCAGUCUGGUCGAAAUCUAUUAGAAACUAGCUUCCUAUCGCCUAGUAGUAGCCCAGUCUCGAGAUCGUCAAGCCAGAGCUCCGGUUUCCAUUCACACUCCAGCAACUCCCCUGCCAGCUCGCCCAAUUCUUAUAGUGGCUCAAUGUGUGGAGGAGAAGGGGAUCGCUUUUCAGUGCUCUCUGAACAUGCAGCACCCAUGGUGACUUGUCACUGUGGUUCUAGCGUGAACAAUGCUGUUGCUGUCUCGAAAUUACCAUUUAUGGGGAUGCAAUAUUAUGGGGGAUUCCCUGUGUGUGUUCCUCAUGUAUGUCCAUUAAGUGUAGCCACAACUCCCAGUGGUCUGGCCCCUCGCAGUAUUCCAUGGAUAGCUAAUUCUCAAUACUUCCAAAGCCCAAAACAUUGCUUCCCAGGUUCAUAUUGUUUUCCUCCAUUUCCUCACCCGACUGUGAAGCAGUUGCCCUCGAGCCACACAGCUGCAUCUGAUGCUUUGAGUCAUUCAGGUAAAAAUUCAAGUAAAUUGGGAACUUAA